AUUACAUUCUCUUCUUAACCUUUUCAAAUACAUCCAUCGUCUUCAAACUUGCCCCCAUUUACCUCUUUUUUUAUUUUCCUCAGCAGAUAAAAACAAGGAACAUCCAACAUGUUUAUGACACGCUCAGAAUACGAUCGAGGAGUCAAUACCUUCUCACCUGAAGGUCGUCUCUUCCAGGUUGAAUACGCUAUUGAGGCCAUCAAGCUUGGAUCAACUGCUGUAGGCAUCAAAACAGGAGAAGGACUAAUUUUAGCGGUCGAAAAGAGAGUGACCUCGUCGUUGUUAGAGGCAGCCUCGAUUGAAAAGAUUUUUGAAAUCGAUACUCAUAUUGGAUGUGCUAUGUCUGGACUCACUGCCGACUCUAGGACUAUUGUUGAUCAUGCACGAAUUGAAGCGCAGAACCAUACAUUCACGUACAAUGAAAGAAUCAAGGUUGAGAGUGUGACACAAGCAGUAUGCGACCUUGCUCUGCGCUUCGGAGAGAGUGCGCGAGGCGAAGAGUCCAUUAUGAGUCGUCCAUUUGGAGUUUCAUUGUUGAUUGCCGGUAUCGAUGAGACUGGGCCUCAAUUGUUCCAUACGGAUCCCUCUGGAACGUUUGUGUCCUAUGGUGCAAAAGCCAUUGGAUCUGGAUCGGAAGGUGCAGAGACAGAGUUGCAGGAGGAAUACCAUUCGUCCAUGACGCUAGUGGAAGCUGAAACUCUGGCACUCAAGGUACUGAAGCAGGUAAUGGAGGAGAAGCUCAACUCUACCAAUGUCCAGCUGGCUUCAGUGACUAAGGAAAGUGGAUUCAGUAUUUACUCGGCCGAGAAGUUGCAGGAAGUUGUGAAUCGUCUUUAAAGAAACAAUUACAAUCGAACAUAAACAUAUAUCCGAUUCACGAAUAAAGUGGCAUAUAUUUGUCUCC